AUGUCGUCGAGCUGUUUUCUUCACGAGCCGAUCCACCCGCCGAUAGAUCUCGGCGAUCAAUCCGACACGUUCAAGGGCAAUGAGCACAUCCGGAUGUCCAAAUUCUGCAAGGAGGGCAAAGAGGGCAAGUUCGUCACGUUCCUUUACGAGGAUGUCCGUACCCUGUACGAAGGCUUUCGUCGCGGUGCCAAGGAGUCCAAUAACGGUCCCUGUCUGGGGUGGAGAGACGGACCGAACAAACCAUACCAAUGGCUUCAUUACAACGAGACGUUGCUCAGGGCGAAGAAUUUUGGUUCCGGCCUAGUGUCCCUGGGGUUGACCCCUGGUCAACAAACCUUAGUAGGCCUGUACAGUCAGAAUUGUCCCGAGUGGAUUCUCACCGAGCAAGCGUGCUAUUCGUACUCGCUCGUGGUGGUGCCAUUGUACGAUACCUUGGGCCCUGAUGCCUGCGCGUUCAUCAUAAAUCAGGCUGACAUUAAUCUGGUGGUAUGUGAAGAUGACCAAAAGUGCAAUUUGCUCCUCGACAAAGCGCCGAGAUGUUUACGGAAGCUGGUGGUGGUGAAGGAGACGCGGCCGGCGACGAAUCAACGGGCGAAGAACCGCGGCAUCGAGCUGUACAAGUUCGACGACAUUGAACGCCUCGGCGCGCAGAAGAACCAUCCGGAGAUGCCGCCGAACCCGUCCGAUCUCUGCACAAUAUGCUACACUUCCGGUACCACCGGCAACCCGAAGGGCGUAAUGCUGACGCACCAGAACGUCAUGGCGUCUAAUUGCGCGGUGAUAAUGCAGCUGGGUGAUCACGGGAUCACGUCCAAGGACAUAAUGAUCAGCUUCCUCCCGUUGGCGCACAUGCUGGAACGUUGCUGCGAGAACAGCAUGUAUAUGAUGGGCGGUUCCGUCGGAUUCUACAGUGGUGACAUCAAGAAGCUUCCCGAGGACAUGAAAGCCCUCCGGCCUACCGUCAUGCCGGCUGUGCCUAGACUGCUGAAUCGUGUAUAUGACAAGGUGCAAGCCGAACUGCAAAACUCAUUUCUGAAGAGGAUGAUCUUCAAUAUGGGCAUGCGAGCAAAGGAGACGGAGAUCAAGAAGAGCAUUGUGAGGAUGAACAGCAUGUGGGACAAGAUUGUAUUCAAGAAGAUCCAGGAGUCGAUGGGCGGCAGGCUAAGGCUGAUGCUCGUAGGUUCGGCGCCGCUGGCGGGGAACGUCCUCACGUUCACCAGGUGCGCCCUUGGCUGCGUCGUGGUCGAAGGCUACGGUCAGACAGAAUGCACCGCGCCAAUAACGCUCACCAUCCAGGGCGAUCACGUGCCGGAACACGUGGGACCACCAGUGGCUUGCUGUUGCGUCAAGCUCGUUGAUGUUCCGGAGAUGGAGUACUUCGCGACGAACAACCAGGGUGAGGUGUGCGUCAAGGGUACUAACGUCUUUAUGGGAUAUUACAAGGAUCCGGAAAAAACUGCCGAGGUUAUUGAUGAACAGGGAUGGCAUCACACAGGAGACAUCGGCAUGUGGCAGCCUAAUGGAACGUUAAAAAUAAUCGACCGAAAGAAGCAUAUCUUCAAGCUAUCGCAAGGGGAAUAUAUCGUGCCGGAGAAGAUCGAAAACAUUUACAUACGCAGCCAAUAUGUACAACAAGUAUUCGUCCACGGAGAAUCAUUGAAAUCUUGUAUCAUAGCAAUAGUAGUACCAGACGUAGAUGUAAUUAAGUGUUGGGCGGUGGAGAAUGGCAUACCUGGUACACUGAGUGUUCUGUGCGUCAAUCCAGAAGUAAAAAAACUAAUCCUCGAUGACAUGUUAGCGUGGGGAAAAGAAGCUGGUCUGAAAUCCUUUGAACAAGUAAAGGAUAUUUAUCUCCAUCCAGAUCCGUUCUCGGUACAAAAUGGGCUUUUAACACCAACGUUGAAAUCGAAACGGCCUCAACUGAAAGCGUACUUUAAACCACAGAUAGAGGAUCUCUAUCAACAAUUGGACUGACCGGACUGAGCGAUUGUGCUAUCGCUUGUCUGCACCAGCACUGAACGCAAAAGAAAGACGUUCGAUGGUAGAAAUGGAAGCAAAGCGCCUUUCCUCGCCGCUGUUCUCUCACCGAAGUCACUAUUGUCAUCGAAUAUUCGCGCGUUAAUCCUCGAGAUACUUUUUAUUAUAUUAUCAUUUUCACGGGUACAUUAGGGACGCAGAUGGAAAAAAAAGCACCAUUUAAGCUAAUUAAGGUAAAUGAUAACAUAACAAGUAAUAAAAGGAGUUAUUAUUAGGCGCGUUUAGUUUCUCUUUCUCUCAAUUACAAGCGUCCUUGGAUAUUUUCGAUAAUGGAUGUAUUUACAAUUCAAUCCUUACCCACGCAUACUUCAAUAAUGUACACAGUGAGUUAUUUUCAUGUAAGAGGCGAAUUAUAGAAUGCAUUUUUAACUGGUAGAGUCGCAGUGAACUCACCCGAUUACGGCUCAGGUCAAAAUUACAACAAUUAGUACGUAGUUGUUAACUUGAACAGGUAAUAUUUCCUCCAAUAUUACCCUGAAGAGGUAAUAUUUCGAUGCGUGUACCCGAUAAUCGGCGCACGCAACGUCGAAAACUUUGAAUAUUACUUAAUAAAUACAUUUCUUGUUGAAUAUA